AUGAAGAUCGCCUCGCUCGAUAGUUUAACUGAUAAUCCGAUCAAUAUAACCAAUGCGAGGAUUGAAGGCCCAUUCCCAAACAUCAGAAACGUUGCCAUUGGAUUCACAGUUUCGAGUGCGCUCUCAAUCUCUACUGUUCCCUCUAUCACACUAGGAGGCUCUUCGACAACAGAAAUGACAAUCAGGGAACUCACACUCUCUGGUGAUAUUACAGAGCUUAAGCGUAGCAAACAGGUUCAGACACUGAGGGUUGAUACUCUAGUGUUAGGAUACAACCUUUCUACCACUGAACUAGACAUUCCGUUCGAUGAUCUCCGCUAUCUAGACGCCGGUCACGAAUGGAUGACACGUCCUCUCAAAAGUAUCACACUCCCGCCCAGUGCCGUAAAUUGGACAGGUGGCUUCGAACUCUACAUCACCAAUGCCCCCGAUCUAAACCUGAGCUCGGCAUACGGUUCCGACAAGCAAGGCAAAACCAUUCAAACUUGGUACUGGCCAACGAAUAUCUCGUCCAUUGCUCUUAAUAAUGUCAAUGUAGGGAAUGGAUUUUUUGAUGCCUUUGUCGCCCAGCAAAACGGCUCGUCAAACAGCCAACCUGCUCCUUCUGUCUUGAACUAUUUUAGUGUAACUCCAUCACGCAACUCUACUGCUUUUGAUUGUACACCUUUCAUUGAGCUCCAGAGGAUGGGUCGUUUGACGAGCGGGACCGACAAUUUCCAUUGCGACAACUCGACAUCUACGACAUCUACUAGCAACGCUAUUCCUAUUCAUGGACCAAGCUCUCUCACCAUUCUCGGUGUUGUAAUGGGAAUUGGCAUCUGGGUACUGGCACCAAGUCUUUCCUAG